AUGCAGAAAAAAAUGUACCAUCUUAGACAACCAGUAUUCCGCAAUGCAACAGCUUAUCAAAGAAAAUAUAACGUUAAAAGCGUACAAUUCUUAUCAAAUAUAGAAGCUAUGCCUCACCCAAAAGAGUUGCCACUGAUUGGUACGAAGUUAGCAUUAUUAGCAAAAGGAAGUGGAUCUAAGUUACAUGAAUAUAUUGAUAAUAGACAUGAACAUUUAGGCCCCAUAUUUUAUGAAAAACUAGGAGGUAAUACCAAACUGGUAUUCAUAAGUGACCCUACCCUUAUGAAGACGUUGUUUUUAAAAUUAGAGGGAAAAUAUCCUGUACAUCUAUUACCUGAACCUUGGCUCUUAUACGAACGAUUAUAUGGGGCUAAGCGAGGACUUUUUUUCAUGAAUAAUGAGGAAUGGUUAACGAAUCGCAGAAUAGUCAACAGACACGUAUUAAAAGAGGGAUCUGAAAAAUGGUUAGAGGAACCUAUCAAACAAACCAUAAAUACUUUCGUGAAAAAAUGGAAGAUAGAAACUGAAACUCAUGGUAUUUUUAUACCUGAAUUAGAAUCAGAUUUGUAUCGACUGUCUACAGAUGUAAUAGUUAACGUACUAUUGGGCGAACAAUGCAUGACACCAAGUAUGCAUUAUGAACAGUUGUUAAAACAGUUUUCUGAAGCUGUAAAACAAAUAUUUCAUACCACUACAUCAUUAUAUGCCCUGCCUGUGUCUUGGUACCAACAGUUAAAUUUAAAACCAUGGAGAGACUUUAAGGAAAGCGUGGAUACAUCGCUUUUGCUAGCUCGAAAAAUUGUUCAAGAAAUGUUAAAUAAAAAAGAAAAGAAUAAAGGACUUAUAUGGAAACUUUGUCAAGAACAAAUGAGUGAUGACACCAUAACCAGGAUUGUAGCGGAUUUUGUAAUAGCAGCGGGAGACACGACAUCUUAUACAACUUUAUGGACAUUGCUAUUACUUUCCAAUAAUGACGAAGAAAAGAAACAGAUACGAGAAAGAGAAAUUACUUAUGUUAAAUAUGUCGUCAAAGAGGCAAUGCGAUUAUAUCCCGUAGCUCCUUUUUUGACAAGAAUUUUACCACAGGAAAGUAUUUUGGGACAAUAUAUUCUAAAUGAAGGAACCCCCAUAAUAGCUUCAAUUUAUACUAUGGGACGUGAUAAUAAUAAUUUUAGUGAAGCUAGUAAGUUUAUGCCAUCUCGCUGGUGUAGAAAUGAUCCAAGAAACUUUAAAUUGGUUAACCAUAUACCUUCAGCCUCAUUGCCUUUUGCUUUGGGAGCUAGGUCUUGUAUAGGAAGAAAGAUAGCCAUGUUACAGCUUACUGAAAUUAUAAGUCAAAUUGUAAAUAAAUUUGAAUUUACAUCUGUGAAUUGUAAUGAAGUGAAUGCCAUAACUUCACAAAUACUUAUUCCAAAUCAAGAGAUAAAGUUGCAAUUGACAUUAAGACAAGACUUGCAUAAAAAUAAUUCUGACAUUGAAACAAUGUGA